CUUUUUAAAAGGCUCCAUUGAGAUGAGUGUGCCUCAGAUACUCGUUCUGCCUCGAGCCCUGUCACUGCGUUUCUCCUGAGAAGGUGCUGCUUAACCAAACUUGCAAAAUGUGCCACAAAUUUGUGGGAUCCUGGAAACUUGUCUCUAGUGAAAACUUUGAUGAUUACAUGAAAGAACUGGGUGUAGGGUUGGCCACCCGGAAACUUGGCAGCCUGGCCAAGCCUAAGGUCAUCAUCAGCAUGAAGGGUGAUGUGGUAACCAUCCGGACUGAAAGUGCCUUCAAAAGCACACAGAUCACUUUUAAGUUGGGUCAGGAAUUUGAAGAAACCACAGCUGAUGACAGAAAAACCAAGACUGUCAUAACCUUAGAAAAAGGCUCUUUGGUUCAAGUACAGAAGUGGAAUGGCAAGGAAUCAACUAUCAGAAGAAAACUAGUUGAUGGGAAAAUGGUGGUGGAAUGCAUCAUGAAAAACAUCACCUGCAGACGAGUCUAUGAGAGAAUGUGAGGAAUCUCCAUGUCUUCAAUAGACUGAAUUAGGUCUUAAGAUCCACAUUAUUUCUUUGGAGAAAAUUAGGUCAUCCAUCAUGUUCUUUCAUGUUCUUAAUUUCCUAUUACAGAGGAGUAACUACGCUAUAAAGAUAUGUUUCACAACCCACUGUACAAGUAGUGUGAAAGUAUUAGUGAUUCAAUAAAUGCUUACAAAUGUAAGAA